AUGGUUCAUAACUUUCAAAAUAUAAUGGAACCAGAAGAAAUGAUGGCUGUGGACGAAACAAUGGUUCCAUUUCGUGGGCGAUUAAAAUUCAAACAGUAUAUUCCUGAUAUAACAAAAGCUAAGCUACAACCAGGACAAAUAGUAGGAAAAGAAAAUUCAAAUGGUAUUAUGGUUGCCAAAUGGCGUGACAAAAGGGAUGUCACCAUGUUAUCUACUCGUCAUGACAUUUCUAUGGUAGACACAGGUAAAAAAAAUAGGAAAAACGAAUCAGUACUGAAACCAAAAAUAAUAAUUGACUAUAAUGCUGGGAAGGCUGGCAUUGAUUUAUCGGACCAGCUAUCGAGUUAUAGUAGCCCCGUACGAAAAUCAAUAAGGUGGUACCACAAAGUGGCAACCGAAGUUUUAUUAGGAACUGCAGUAGUGAAUGCACUAAUAGCUUAUAACUUAAAUACGCCACCGAAUAAACUAAAGAUAACGCAAUUUCGUGAAUUAUUAGUAAACGAAUUGCUUGGAUUUAAUCAACCAGAACAGGACCAAACUUCACCAGCGCUGUCUAUAAGACGACGUAUAAAACACAUUUUUGUACAAACUCCGUUAAGAUGCAACAGAAACCGAAAGCUGCGAAAGAGGUGUGUUCAUUGUUACAACGAAAAAACGACUACUGUAGGAUCAGUACAGGCCUGCAAAGACGUGAAAAGGAUAACAACUCUAUGCGAAACAUGUGAUGUAUACACGUGUGCUGAUUGUUUUGUCAAACACCAUUCAAAAUGA